AUGACAGGAGAGUUUACGAUACCAGAAAAUCUAAAUGGAGGACUUUUCUUUUUCGAAGGCAAACGCCGAACAGUUGGUGGGAUUAAUACAUUCCCAGUUUUCGAACCCAGAACUGGCCAACAAUUAAUGCAAUGUCCGUGCGCGGAUGCUGCACUUGUUGAUUUAGUUAUCGGACAAGCAUCAACUGCACAACGUGCAUGGGCAGCAAAAAGUCCAUUUGAACGUUCAAAAAUUCUUUUGCGGGCGGCUGAAUUGAUUCGAGCAAAUUUGGAAUCCAUCGCAAAAUGGGAAGUAAAAACGAACGGAAAACCUUUGAUCGAGGCUCGUUUGGAUAUUGAAUCAAGUGCGGAUACUUUUACUUUUUAUGGAGGAAUUUUACCUGCGCAAAUGAAAGGUGAGAAAAUUUCCUUUAAAGACUUAAAAAUAUUUAAAAUUUUGGGUGAUUUUAUUGAUCUUCCGAUUGAAGGCCAAAAUAGUGGCCGUUUUGCAUAUACUCGACGUGAACCUUUUGGAGUUGUUGGGUGUAUUGGAGCGUGGAAUUAUCCUUUUCAGACAUGUUGUUGGAAAGUAGCACCGGCUUUAGCUGCUGGAAAUGCUGUCAUAUACAAACCAAGUCCAUUUGCACCGGCGAGUCCUGUCUUGUUGGCAGAAUUACUUAAAGCAGCUGGUUUGCCAGAUGGUCUUUUUAACGUUUUACAAGGAGAAGCAGCUACUGGUGAAUUAAUUUGUACAAAUCAAGAUAUUGCUAAAGUUUCCUUUACUGGUUCCUUGCCAACUGGAAUGAAAAUUCAAAAAGCGUGUGCUGAACCGAAACGUAUUAAGCCGGUUACAUUAGAACUUGGAGGAAAAUCAGCUCUUAUUAUUUUUGAUGAUGCUGAUAUGAAAACUGCUGUUGAAGCUGCAAUGCUGGCAAAUUUUUUAAAUCAGGGAGAAGUCUGUACAAACGCCACUCGUGUUUUUGUCCAAAAAUCUAUUUUUAAUGAAUUUCAAAAUCUACUCUUGGCGGAAAUGGAGCGUAAAUUAAUUGUUGGAGACCCGUUAGAUGAACGUACAACUGUUGGGGCAACAAUAAAUGAACAACAUUUACAAAAAGUUUGUGGAUAUGUUAAUCGAGCUGUUCAACAAGGUUUUUAUUUUAAACCAGCUUUACUUACUGGUUUAAAUGAUGAAAUGGAAAUUGUUCGAGAAGAAGUUUUUGGUGCUGUUUGCCUUCUUUUGCCUUUUGUUAGUGAGUGCGAAGCUAUUGUACGUGCAAAUGAAAGUCAUUAUGGAUUGGCUGCUGGAAUUUGUACAAAAAGUCUUUCGAGAGCCCAUCGUGUAGCUGCUGAACUUCAAGCUGGAACAAUUUAUGUAAAUACUUAUAAUGAUACAGAGGUCCAUAUUCCAUUCGGUGGUUAUAAAAAUUCUGGUUAUGGACGUGAAAAUUGUGUUGAAUGUCUUCAUUCAUUUACACAACUUAAAUCUGUUUAUGUUAAUAUUGGUAGUGAACAAAAUUCCAACAAAGAAGUAAUUAUGCUUGACACUGAAUAAAUAUAGUAAUAAAUUUAGAAAUAUAUUUUUACAAUUUUCUCAAAAUAUUCACUUAUAUAUCAUUAAGAAAAUUAAAUAGUUUUAUAUUAUUUUGAUUUUUUAUUAAAAAAUUCCUUAAAGCAACAUACAUCAUUAUUAACCAAUAAAAAGAAAAAUUAAUUAAUCUUUAUUAGGGGACAUAAAAUAUAUCAGAUUUUUGUCAUGUCUUUUCCUCAUUAAUCACAAAUUUUUGGCAAAAUAAGUUUUUUUUUUCAAUUUUUCAUCGAAAUAUUUCUUUAACAACAAAAUAGCGCAAACCUUUCCCUCCUCCUCCUCCUCUUGUUUAUAUUCUCUAGGGAUUGCCGUCAUGACUAAGAAAAGAUUAAAAUAAAUGUCGUGCGCAUUCGUGCGAGUAUUUAAUUGGUGCCAUAUCUC